CGCCGGGGAGCCGCGGAGCCUCAGAGUCCCAGCGCCCCGCGAGGAGCACAGAGCCCGCGGGCCGGGCGAACAAAGCGACGGCGGCGCGGGCAGCCCAGGCGCCGGACGCACGGAGCGAGCGACCCGCUGCGCCUUUGUCUCGGGCGGGGCAGGAGCGGCGGUCGGCGCGGGGCGCCCCGAGCGCAGAAUGCGGCGCCCGGAGGGGCGGAUCGAGGAGCGCUGCGGCAGCAGGAGGCGUGGAGCCCGGGCCGGAGCUCAAGCGGACUUGUGUGUGUGAAGGGGGUACCCGGCGCGCUGCCCUGAGAGCGCCUGGUGGCCGCACGUGGGCGGGAGCGGCUGCCCGCUAGUAGCCCGAGGAGGAGGAGGAGGAAGAGGAGGGCCGCGCGGCCGCGCAGCGGGGACCCGGGGCGGCCUGCACGAAGCCCCGCCCCGGCCGCCUAGCCCCGCGCGGGCGGGCGGGAUGCCCCGCGGUCACCGCACUUCGGCCAGAGCGCUGCCCUGAACGAGCUGGUCCAGCGGCCGCGGCGGCGAGCGCACGGGCGCCGCGGGCGCCAUGGAGCAGUGGCGGCAAUGCGGCCGCUGGCUCAUCGAUUGCAAGGUCCUGCCGCCCAACCAUCGUGUCGUGUGGCCCUCGGCGGUGGUCUUCGACCUGGCGCAGGCGCUGCGCGACGGCGUCCUGCUGUGCCAGCUGCUGCACAACCUCUCCCCCGGCUCCAUCGACCUGAAGGACAUCAACUUCCGGCCGCAGAUGUCCCAGUUCCUGUGUUUGAAGAAUAUUCGCACCUUCCUCAAAGUCUGCCACGACAAAUUUGGACUAAGGAACAGUGAAUUGUUUGACCCCUUUGACCUCUUCGAUGUCCGAGACUUCGGGAAGGUCAUCUCUGCGGUGUCCCGACUGUCUCUGCACAGCAUCGCACAGAACAAAGGGAUCAGGCCUUUUCCCUCGGAGGAGACAGCUGAGAAUGAUGAUGAUGUCUACCGAAGCCUGGAAGAGCUGGCCGACGAACAUGACCUGGGAGAGGACAUCUACGACUGUGUCCCGUGUGAAGAUGAAGGGGAUGACAUCUACGAAGACAUCAUCAAGGUGGAGGUGCAGCAGCCCAUGAUCAGAUACAUGCAGAAAAUGGGCAUGACUGAGGACGACAAGAGAAGCUGCUGCUUGUUGGAGAUUCAGGAAACCGAGGCCAAGUACUACCGCACCCUGGAGGACAUCGAGAAGAACUACGUGGGCCCCCUGCGGCUGGUGCUGAGCCCAGCGGACAUGGCUGCCAUCUUCAUCAACCUGGAGGACCUCAUCAAGGUGCACCACAGCUUCCUGCGGGCCAUUGAUGUGUCCAUGAUGGCUGGUGGCAGUACCCUGGCCAAGGUCUUCCUGGAGUUCAAGGAAAGGCUCCUGAUCUACGGAGAGUACUGCAGCCACAUGGAGCAUGCUCAGAGUACACUGAACCAACUCCUUGCCAGCCGGGAGGACUUCAGGCAGAAAGUGGAGGAGUGCACGCUCAAGGUCCAGGAGGGCAAGUUCAAGCUGCAAGAUCUGCUGGUGGUGCCCAUGCAACGGGUGCUGAAGUACCACCUGCUGCUCAAGGAACUCCUGAGCCAUUCUGCAGACCGGCCAGAGAGACAGCAGCUGAAGGAAGCGCUGGAGGCCAUGCAGGACUUGGCCAUGUAUAUCAACGAGGUGAAACGGGACAAAGAGACCUUGAAGAAGAUCAGCGAGUUCCAGUGCUCCAUAGAAAACCUGCAAGUGAAGCUGGAGGAAUUCGGGAGGCCGAAGAUUGAUGGGGAACUGAAAGUCCGGUCCAUAGUCAACCACACCAAGCAAGACAGGUACCUGUUCCUCUUUGACAAGGUGGUCAUCGUGUGUAAGAGGAAGGGCUACAGCUACGAGCUGAAGGAGGUCAUUGAACUGCUCUCCCACAAGAUGACGGAUGACCCCAUGCACAACAAGGACAUUAAGAAGUCUCAUGGGAAGAUGUGGUCCUAUGGCUUCUACCUGAUUCACCUGCAAGGAAAGCAAGGCUUCCAGUUCUUCUGCAAGACGGAAGACAUGAAGCGGAAGUGGAUGGAGCAGUUCGAGAUGGCCAUGUCAAACAUCAAGCCGGACAAGGCCAAUGCCAACCAUCAUAGCUUCCAGAUGUACACGUUUGACAAGACUACCAACUGCAAGGCCUGUAAGAUGUUCCUCAGGGGUACCUUCUACCAGGGUUACCUGUGUACCAGGUGUGGCGUCGGAGCACACAAGGAGUGCCUGGAGGUGAUACCCCCCUGCAAGAUCAGUUCUCCUGCAGACUCGGAUGCUCCUGGAGCCGGACCAGGUCCCAAGAUGGUUGCUGUGCAGAAUUACCAUGGUAACCCAGCCCCUCCAGGGAAGCCUGUGUUGACCUUCCAGACAGGGGAUGUGAUAGAGCUGCUCCGGGGUGACCCCGACUCUCCUUGGUGGGAGGGGCGACUGGUUCAAACCCGGAAGUCAGGGUAUUUUCCCAGCUCAUCCGUGAAGCCCUGCCCAGUGGAUGGAAGGCCACCUAUUGGCCGCCCGCCAUCCCGGGAGAUUGAUUACACUGCAUACCCCUGGUUUGCUGGCAACAUGGAACGUCAGCAGACGGACAAUCUGCUCAAGUCUCAUCCCAGUGGGACCUACCUCAUCAGAGAGCGACCAGCAGAGGCCGAGCGCUUUGCCAUCAGCAUCAAGUUCAAUGAUGAGGUGAAGCAUAUCAAGGUCGUGGAGAAAGACAACUGGAUCCACAUCACUGAAGCCAAGAAGUUUGAGAGCCUCCUGGAGGUGGGAGGGCUCCUGAUUCUCCAGCGGUUGGUGAGUGUGCGCCCCCUGCAGGAGCUGGUGGAGUACUACCAGUGCCACUCACUCAAGGAAAGCUUCAAGCAGCUGGACACUACGCUCAAGUUCCCCUACAAGUCGCGGGAGCGUGCUGCCACCAGGGUCUCCAGCCGGUCCCCAGCUUCCUGUGCUUCCUACAACUUUUCUUUUCUCAGUCCUCAGGGCCUCAGCUUUGCCCCUCAGGGCCCCUCCGCUCCCUUCUGGUCAGUGUUCACGCCACGGGUCAUUGGCACAGCCGUGGCCAGGUACAACUUUGCUGCACGGGACAUGCGGGAGCUGUCGCUUCGGGAAGGUGACGUGGUAAAGAUCUACAGCCGAAUUGGUGGGGACCAGGGCUGGUGGAAAGGCGAGACGAAUGGACGGAUCGGUUGGUUUCCUUCGACGUACGUGGAAGAGGAGGGUGUCCAGUGAGGGCGAGACAUGGACGGACGCACGGAUGUUCUUGGGAGUCUCCCCAGCUCUGAAGUCCACCUCUGGCUUCUCCAUGGCUCCGGGAACUGCCUGCCUGCCAAGCUUGCAGCUGUUACAGCCCACAGGGAUGGGGAAGGUGUUCCACCGUCACCUGCCCUGGGUGGCCUGUCCCUGGGUACAUUCCUUGUACAUAGAGGAAACCUGUGCUGGCCACACCCAGAGCACCAAGGAGAGGGAGCUCAGGCAAUGUGGCCAGGUGGGUGUGGAUGACAGCCAAGGUCAGAAGCCACCACCUGACCCUCUGGUUCAGAUGUUCAGGAGCCCAGAACUCAACUCAUUGUGUGCCAGGGAGGGCUGGGGACAGCAGGGAGGGCCCUUCCCAGCCCCAUCUGCUCGGCCCUGCACUGAUCUGCCUGUCUUUCUGCUGCUCUCUAGAGUGGGUGUCAGGUCUUGGGGGGCAGGCAGGACCAGACCGUGCUGUAGCACACACGAGGCCCGUCUGGGGUGCAGGAUCAGAGAGCUUGCACAGGGACCACCGGGUCAUCCUGGCUCUGCAGCUUUCCCUGACCGCCUCCCUUCCCAACCCAUCAGGGUCCUGCCGAGCACUAACUGGCCAGCCCCUCUCUCUCUGGAGGGGCCUUUGGAACGAUGACAUUGCUGACCCACCCCCAGCCCACCCCAGUCAGUGGUACUGCGCUUUGCUCGUCGACGCCUCUUUCCCGAGGUCUUCCCUGUCCUGCUGCCAGGGGACGCACCUGCGAACCCCAAAGGGCGGGGGGGGGGGGAGACCUAGGUUCCCCUCCCCACUGCCUCUCUUCUCUCCAGGAGGCACUCUUGGGUCUUCUGCAUUCCAAACCAUGGUCCCUAGGAGUCUGCUGGCCUUUGCACUCGAUGUUGGUUCUAGCCCUUGACAGGUGUCCCCACGAUGAUUCCUGCAGCCCACACACUGGACCUGUGGCCAACCCAAAAUAAGUGCUCUUGGGGUGUCUCCACCCCUUUACCCCACUUCUCUCCUGGUGCUUCCUGGCCUUUGACCUCUGGCUUGGCCAGUCCCUACUUUCUCCCUACCCAGAAUUCCAUGUGAAAGUUUAUGUCAAGACACAGACUUCUUGGGGCCCUUUCUCCAUCUAGCCGCCCAGUCCUGGGUGAGCAGGGAACCAAGGCUAGGGUUUGAGUCAUUGUCCCUGCUGGAGUGGGACUGGGCACCACCUUGUACCUGGGGAUACUUUCCAAAGUUGGCCUCAUGUCCUCCAGCUUGGCACCCACAUACAGCUUGCUGGGGUGUGUGGGGAGGCAAGGAGGAAUUCAGAAGAUGGGGAGCAACAGAAAGUGAGACACCAUGGAAAGGCUCAAGCUGUGAGAAGCUGGUUUGGGAGUGAAGAGUUGGCUUGGAGAGAGUCGGGGGCACGGGCCGCUUUGCACAGCUCCUCAGCCCGGCCUGCCCAGGGCCAAUGCAGGCUGUGGGGAGGCUCUGUCCGCCCCUUCUAUAUGAAUGCCCUGUGCUUUAGUUUUUUUUCUGGUUUUUGUUUGUUUGUUGUUGUUUUGUCCUGUUGUGUUUUGUUUUGCCUGUUUGUGUUUUAAAGGGGGGGAAAGUUGUAAUUAUUUCGUCUAAAUCUCCCAUUAUAUAUCUGUGAAUAAGAGACUCUAUAAUAGCAAAAUGAUGUAUAUUUUAGUUUGUCAUGAUAUAAGUCAUGAUAAUGAAGGACACUGAGAAAAAGAAUGAUCUAGAGCCCCGGUUUUGUGAAUGUUUUGUGUUUGUUUUGACGUUUGUAUUUGGUUUGGGUUUUUUGUUUUUUUGCGCCACACUGAGCAGGGUGAUGGGAAGGUUGGGCAAACUGGUACACAGGCACCUCUUCGAGAGACUGGGCACCGUUUGAGGGCUGAGGACUGGGGGCCUGAGAUCAGCUGUGAACAUUUGCAGUGCAGUGCAUGCAAGUCAGGGAUGAGGGGGUCCCACAGCCAGCAGCACCCCCUAAUGGAACAAUUGUACAUUUGCCAAUGGGUUUUCCUCCCCAGACUAUGGUUUUUACUACAAAUAAACCUACGUUCUAUUCUGCA